UAAAAUCGAUCUUUCUCUCUUCUUGGCGGAACAAAAAAAAAGAAGAACGCAGAGAAGAAGAAAGAGAGAGAGAGAGAGAGAGAAGAUGGAGAAUGCGGCGAGCUUGGCUUCAGGUCCCGACGGAAGGAAACGGCGCGUGAGCUACAUUUACGAGCCAGGCAUCGGAGAAGGCAAUCAACGGGUAUCCCAACAGAUCAGUACGACUCACAACCUCAUCCGCAGCUAUCAACUCCACAACGACAUGGAUAUCAUCCGCCCUACCCUCGCCAAAGAUUCAGAUCUCAUUCAGUUCCACUCGCCGGAGUACAUAUCAUUCCUCCGCUCAGUCACGCCGGAGUACAUCGACGACAUGCAGGCUUACAAGUCAGAAAACGUAGACGAUACUAGUACCCUCCAGCUCUUCAACUUAGACGAGUCGGACACCCCUCUCUUCCCUGGCCUCAUCGAUUAUUGCCGUCUCUACGCUGGUGGUUCUAUCUCCGCCGCCUCCAAACUUAACGGAAACGAAGCUGAUAUCGCCAUCAACUGGUCCGGCGGGAUGCACCGUGCCAAGAGAGAUGAGGCUUGUGACUUUGGCUACGUCAACGACGUUGUGCUUGGGAUCCUCGAGUUGCUCAAUGUCUUCAAGCGAGUUCUCUACAUAGAUAUUGGGUACUUCCAUGGAGAUGCGGUACAAGAAGCAUUCGACAAAACUGAUAGGGUUAUGACUAUUUCUUUCCACAUGCAUGGUGCCCAAAGAAGUGGAUACAUAACAGACUACGGGGUAGGAAAGGGAGAAUACUAUUCUCUAAAUGCACCACUGAAGUAUGGUAUGGACGAUAAGACUUUGGUCAAUUUAUUGGUACCUGUUGUCCACAAGGCUAUGGAGGUUUAUCAGCCUGAAGCAAUUGUUCUUCAGUGUGGCCCUGAUUCGCUAGCUGAUGAUGUCUUGGGUGAAUUCAACUUGACUGCCAAGGGUCCCGGUACUUGUCUCUCGUACAUACGAUCAUUCAAUGUUCCUCUCAUGCUCUUGGGUGGUCCAGGUCACAAUCUCGGAAAUGUUGCCCGUUGCUGGUGCUAUGAGACUGCUGUUGCGGUUGGAAAAGAAAUUGACGAAGAUCUCGAUAACACUGUGUCCGAUGCGUGCUUUCACCCAGAUUAUCAGCUUCGUAUCGAGCCGGGCUUCAUGGAGAAUUUAAACACACGCGAAUAUAUUGCAAACAUAAAGAGGACACUACUAAAUCAACUUUCUCAAGUGAUACACGCACCUAGUGUGCAGUUUCAAGACACUCCACCAAUCAGUCAAGUUACAGAAGAAGCUGAAGAGGACAUGGAGACGAGAUAAAUCCAACGUAUAUUGGCGGGUAGUGCUAGUUAUGAAUCAGACUCUGACGAGGACAAGUUUUGUCUCGGUGUUGGUGUCAUAGUACAAGGACUCUUCACUUAAAUUCCACCUCAUUGAGUAUUACCAACAUGUACGUAUAGAGCAAUAGGUGUAUAAACAUAGCACCAUUACUAUAGAUCAACAUUGGAUUUUUCUUCUGUAACCUUACCAUCAUUAAUGUUGGAUACUGUUAAGGCUU